AUGAAUCUUCAGAUACGGAAUGAUAACGUGAAGGAAAUGAAGGGCCGAAAAAGAAAGAAUCCAUCUACUACGUGCGUUGGAGUCUCCAGUAUAACUAGAGCUAGAAAGGCGGUCUCAGCUGGGAAUGAGCCGGCAAGAGAAACGACUGUAGUUUCUCUCUCUGUUGAUUCAGAAAGUGAUGACAUGUCUGCUGUAUCAUCUAAGGCAAGGCAACCACCACAGCCCCUUGAAUUAUACUUCAAGAGCACAGAGUUCACGAAGACUUGCAAGAUUCAAACCAAGUGCCUUGUGAAGAAUACAGUGGACGUGAUUAAGAAGCUUAAGGAGGAGGUUAAAUGGUUCACAACCCAUCCUCAAUUUCGUCACUUCUUCCACAUGCCUGAUGAACAAUACCUGAAGCUCCAAGGAAUGUGGAUGUUACUCUUGCGCACCAUUUCGACUGAAGAAGAAGAUGUUGCAUGGUUUGGUGUGAAUGGUGUUCCCAUCCGCUAUUCUAUGAGGGAGCAUGCCCUCAUCUCGGGCUUAGACAGCCAUGAAUAUCCGAGGAAAUAUUUGAAGCUCGGGAGUACGAAGUUUGUGGAUUAUUACUUCGGUGGACUAAAGAAGAUCACCAUAACAGAUGUGGAGCACAAGCUGUUGUCUAUGAAGACGCCAUGCAAUGAUAGAUUGAAGAUGGCUGUCUUGUUCUUCCUUGGUCGGGUUAUCAGAGGACAGGCAAAGGAUUGCGGACCAGUAGACCCGUUCAUCUUAAGGAUCGUGGAAGAUUUGGAUGUUUGCAGAACAUUUCCAUGGGGUCGUUUGACAUUUGAAGAUGCAAUAAAGAACAUCAAGCAUAUGAUGGAGCUUCUGAAGGGUGAAGUGCACUCGACAUGCGGCUUUCCUGGAUUCAUAAUUCCAUUAGAGAUUUUGGCUUUUGAAUGUAUUCCUAAGCUGGGGAAAACAUUUCGACUAUCUGCAGACACACCUUCUGAAGAUUGUCCUAGGAUGUGCAAGAGCCGGUUUACAAAGAGUAGCAUGAAGGGCUAUCCUUUGGAAGAUAUAUAUGCUGCACUUGGACACACAAAGGUAAUUAACAGUGUGUUGGUGCCAACUGUGGGUGAGGAAAUCAUGCUGGCUCGUAUAAUUGAUGAGGAGCGAGCGUAUCAUUGUGAGGGAAGCACAAGUGAUACUUGGAACCAUUGGCUAAAUGUGAAGCAGGAGAAGAUAUUUUGGAAAGAGCUAUACGACUUAGAUGUUGCUGCACGAGUGUUUAAGAAGAAGAAGGACAAAGAAAAGGUGACGUUUUUAGAAGAUUCGUCUUCUAAAUCUGGGUUGGAGAGCUUGAAAGCUCUGGAAGAAAAGAUUUUGGGGGCCAUGAGUGAAGGGUUUUCUGGUCUUAAAUCAGUGGUGGAGGCAAAGCUGGGUGAUAUGGAUGUGAGGAUGAGUAAAUUUGAAAAGAACCAGCGACAACUUAAAAGAAGGGCUAAGAAAAUAGAAGAAAAGCGGACUUCUAUUGAGAGCAACAAAAAUGAGGAGAGGAACUAUGGUGAAGAUAUGGAUUUUGGAUGGGAUGAUAGAGAUUAUGGUAGAGCUGAAGGGAAGGAAAACAGUGAGAAGGCUAAGGAAGACAAGGAAAACAGUGAGUCUGGCAAGGAAAAGGAUGUGGUCUCGGGUGGGGAAAACAGUAAGGAUGGUGAGAAAGACAAGGGAAACGUGGAGGAUGAAGAAGAGAAGGAGAACGAGGCUGAUAAAACAGAGCUGGGAACUAGAGAAAAAGAUGAGGUCUCUGAAGAAGAUUACGAUACUGAGGAAGAGCUGAGAAGAGGAGAGUAG